AACACGUCGCGAAGAAGACUCUCACAACAAAUCGCAAAACUUUACCCGGCUGGAGUGCCAGUUCGCCUCGACCGUAUUGACACGCAGGGAUGGGGAUCCUAACAGAGAGGAGCCGUGGAUUUCUUCUUUUAACACUCGUAUUUUUAACCGAGACACAUUAUCAAUGGGUGGAGGCCCAGCACUGCGUGUGGUACGGCGAGUGUGGGGACUCCCCCACCGUCACAGGGAAGAAGUACAACUGCAACUACACCGGACCCCCCAAGCCGCUGCCCUCUGAGGGGGCCGAGCUCCUCGAUGAGCUGUGUCCGGGCCUCAACUAUGGAGACCGGUACCUGUGCUGUGACGUCAACCAGCUGCGCACCCUCAAAGGCAGCCUGCAGCUGCCCCUGCAGUUCCUGUCUCGGUGCCCCGCCUGUUUCUUGAACCUCAUGAACCUGUUCUGCGAGCUGACCUGCAGUCCUCGGCAGAGCCUGUUCAUGAACGCCACGAAGCUGCAGCCAUAUCAGGAUGUGGCCGUGGAAGGCGUGCGCCUCCUGGGCAAUGCGACCAACGCGACCAACGUGGUGACGGUGGAGUACUACAUCGAGAACGAGUUCGUCAACGCCAUGUACAACGCCUGCAAGGACGUCCAGGCCCCGUCCACCAACGUGCAGGCGCUGUCGCUGCUGUGCGGCAAGGUCGCCAGCUUGUGCAACGCCACCAACUGGAUACAGUACAUGUUCAACAUCAACAACGGCCAGAGCCCGUUCGACAUCCGGCCGGUGUUCUGUGACGGGCCGACGGCGGGCUUCACCCCCAUGGACAACCAGACGUGGGCCUGCUCCGACUCCCUGGAGGACGGCUCGGGGCCCUGCUCCUGCCAGGACUGCACCCCGGUCUGCGGCCCCGCGCCGGUGCCCCCCGCGCCGCCCGCCCCCUGGACCAUCCUGGGCCUUGACGCCAUGGUGGUCAUCAUGUGGGUCUCCUACAUGGCCUUCCUGCUGGUGUUUGUGGGGGGCGUGCUGAGCGCCUGGUGCUACAGGAGAAGGAGGAUCAUGUCGGAGUACGGGCCCAUAUUGGACAGCAACAACCCGAUGUCUCUCAACGGAGAGAGCUCUGACGGAGCCGACGCCACGUGCUGCGAGCGGCUGGGCGAGCGCUUCGAGGGCACCCUGCGCCGCCUCUUCACGGCCUGGGGCUCCUUCUGCGUGCGGCAGCCCGCCCUGGUGGUGCUCACCACGGUGGCGCUGGUGGCGGCGGCGUCGGCGGGCCUGGUGUACAUGCGCGUCACCACGGACCCCGUGGACCUGUGGGCAGCGGACAGCAGCCGCGCGCGUCAGGAGAAGGACUACUUCGACCGGCACUUCGGGCCCUUCUUCCGCACGGAGCAGAUGAUCAUCACCACCACGCCGGGCGUCAACUCCACCAUCUACGAGCCCUACUUUGGGGGCCCCAACGUUACCUUCGGCCCCAUCCUGGGCAAGGACAUCCUGCAUCAGGUGCUGGACCUGCAGCUGCAGGUGGAGGCGCUGGUGGCCACGUACGAGGGCCAGAAUGUGACGCUGGAGGACAUCUGCCUGAGCCCGCUGGCGCCGUACAACAACAACUGCACCGUGCUCAGCGUCCUCAACUACUUCCAGAACAGCCACGACCAGCUGGACCACCAAGUGGGAGACUUCUUCUACGUCUGGGACGACUACCACAGCCACUUCCUGUACUGCGUCAGCGCCCCGGCCUCACUCAACGACACCACCCACCUCCACGACCCCUGCAUGGGCACCUUCGGCGGCCCCGUCUUCCCCUGGCUGGCCCUUGGAGGAUACAACGGGACCGACUACAGCAACGCCACUGCUCUGGUCAUCACAUUCCCUGUCAUCAACUACUUGAACGACAAGACCAGAGUGGGCAAAGCCAAAGCCUGGGAAGAAGAAUUCAUCCGCUUCAUGAAGAGCUACAACAACUCCAACCUGACCGUGUCCUUCAGCUCGGAGCGCAGCAUCGAGGAUGAGAUCAACCGCGAGAGCGAGAACGACGUGUCCACGAUCGUGGUCAGCUACGUCAUCAUGUUCGUCUACAUCUCCCUGGCCCUGGGACACAUCCAGAGCUUCAGACGCCUCCUGGUGGACUCCAAGGUGUCUCUGGGCAUCGCGGGCAUCCUGAUCGUGCUGAGCUCGGUGGCCUGCUCCCUGGGCAUCUUCAGCUACGCCGGCGUGCCGCUCACGCUCAUCGUCAUCGAGGUCAUCCCCUUCCUGGUGCUGGCCGUGGGCGUGGACAACAUUUUCAUAAUCGUGCAGACGCUGCAGAGGGACGAGCGCAUGCCCCAGGAGGAGCUCCACCAGCAGAUUGGCCGUAUCCUUGGCGACGUGGCUCCCAGCAUGCUCCUCUCGUCCGUCUCCGAGACUGUGGCCUUCUUCCUGGGCGCUCUGUCCAACAUGCCUGCCGUCAGGACCUUCUCGCUGUUUGCCGGCCUGGCCGUCCUCAUCGACUUCCUGCUGCAGAUCAGCUGCUUCGUCAGCCUGCUGGGCCUGGACGCCAAGAGGCAGGAGAACAACCGGCUGGACAUCCUCUGCUGCGUGAAGCUGGCCGACGGCCAGGAGGCGAAGACGGACGGCCUCCUCUUCCGCUUCUUCAAGAAGCUCUACGCUCCCUUCAUCCUCCAGGAGUGGGUGCGCCCCAUCGUGGUGGCUGUGUUUGUGGGCAUGCUCUCCUUCAGCGUUGCCGUGGUGGACAAGGUGGACGUGGGACUGGACCAGAAACUCUCCAUGCCUGAUGACUCCUACGUGCUGCAGUACUUCAAGAACCUGAGCACGUACCUGCACACGGGCCCCCCGGUGUACUUUGUGGUGGAGGACGGCCUGAACUACAGCAGCCCCGAGGGGCAGAACGCCGUGUGCGGAGGGGUGGGCUGCAGGAACGACUCCCUGGUCCAGCAGGUCUACUCGGCGUCGCUCAUCAGCCAGUACACCACCAUCGCCUACACGCCGUCGUCGUGGCUGGAUGACUACUUUGACUGGAUCAAGCCCCGCUCCAGCUGCUGCCGCUACUACAACACCACGGGGGCCUUCUGCAACGCCUCAGUGGUGGAUCCUUCCUGUUUGCACUGCCGGGCCAUGACCCCCGCUGGGAAGCAGAGACCCACUGGGGAGGACUUCAUGCACUACUUGCCCAUGUUCCUGUCCGACAACCCCAACACCAAGUGUGGGAAAGGCGGUCACGCCGCUUACAGCAGCGCGGUGGUCCUGGGUGACACGGGUGUGGGCUCCACCUACUUCAUGACCUACCACACCAUCCUGAAGGACUCGCCCGACUACAUCGACGCCCUGAAGAUGGCCCGCGUGCUGGCGGACAACAUCACGCUGGCCCUAGGCCAUAAGGUCUUCCCCUACAGCAUCUUCUACGUGUUCUACGAGCAGUACCUCACCAUCGCCUACGACACGGCGCUCAACCUGGGCGUGUCUCUGGGGGCCAUCUUCGUGGUGUCCACGGUGCUGCUGGGCUUCGAGGUGUGGGCCGCGGCCCUCGUCAGCCUCACCAUCGCCAUGAUCCUGGUCAACAUGUUCGGCGUCAUGUGGCUGUGGGGCAUCAGCCUCAACGCAGUGUCCCUGGUCAACCUGGUCAUGAGCUGCGGCAUCUCGGUGGAGUUCUGCAGCCACAUCGUGCGCGCCUUCUCCGUCAGCAUGAAGGGCAGCCGGGUGGAGAGGGCCGAGGAGGCCCUCGCUCACAUGGGCAGCUCGGUGUUCAGCGGGAUCACGCUGACUAAGUUCGGAGGCAUCCUCAUCCUGGCGCUGUCCAAGUCUCAGAUCUUCCAGAUCUUCUACUUCCGCAUGUACCUGGCCAUGGUGCUGCUGGGGGCCACGCACGGACUCAUCUUCCUGCCCGUGCUGCUCAGCUACAUAGGUCCGUCCGUGAACAAGGCCAAAGUGUUUGCGGCCAAACAGCGCUACGCCAACACCGAGAGGGAGCCCCUCCUCAACUACUAGCCGGGCCCACCGGCGACGGCCCCGUUAACCACGACCCCCGAGCCGCCACAGAGACGGGGUGAGGGCGCAGAGCGGCCUCCUGCGGGACACACUGACACACACUCGGCCUCAACGCCGCUAUGCACGGACGCUAACUCAGGAACGUGGAAGAGUGGAAGAAAGCGGUGGUCGUGUUUUUUUUUUUAACCGCUAACCUCAGUUUUAACCUCUCCUGUCUGUUUUUAUUAUUAUAAUGCGACCUGGCACACGGCAACAAAGCAGGGAAAAGACUAUUGGAUGAACUGGACAUGGGUCGUCCCCCCCCAAUCGACACUUCUGAUCAUUCAGCCCAGCAGACACUUCAGAAGACUUAAAAGGGCAACCAUGUUAGUUUGUUUACCACGCUGGGACCUGGUUAAGUAAAGGCGACUCAAAGGGUUUGCUCAUGAGACGUUUUGUAAAACCGUUUGACAUGAAGAUCGUUUCUCGAUCUGACCACUCUGUUCACACUUUAGUUAAUUUAGCUAUGAAUGAUGGCGGUACAGAACAUGAAAAUGUGAUCGACGUAUGUAAAUUAUUUUAGAGUUACUGAUUCAUUUGUAAACUUGCAUUUGAGAAUAAGGACCGUUUAUGAGCCUUCCCCCCUCACUUAACAUGCAUUAUUGUGAUUUAUUAUUUUUUAACUGUCUUUUAUCACACCUGUGAUUGUCUUGGAUCACAGUUGUAGUCCACACCAACGCAUUAGCUGUACUUGCAUUCUUACUAUAAUCACUGCUCUUUCGGUUAUUCAUAUUUUUUACCCUAGGUCUUAAUAAUGUUAUGUAUGUCAUCGUGGAGCCCCUUACAGUUAGUGUUAGCUAAUGAUGGUGAAGGAGUGUCCCACUGGGUGUCCUCUUGUUCCCUGUGUUGCACAAUGUCCAUCGUGGAUUUCUUCUGUUAUUGCGGUGGUGGUUUCAGUUUAUUAUAUAUAUUUUUUAUAAAGAAUGCAAUGUUUACAUGCUAGCAACCUUAAAGCAUACAAUGAUUGAGAUUUGCUUGUUAACAAUGCUGCGCGUUACCAAGUCUGGUUUGGGAGUUUUAACCAUUUUAACUUGAAAUAAAUGUGUUCUAAAAGUGUAUCAUUGAAACCUGGUAUUACACAAGUGAUUCUGUUUUUGUAAUAUCUUAAUUGUAAACCCAAUUUAAAAACCUUUUAAAAACACUUCUUGUUUCUGCUUAGUGAUGCACUUUACAUAACCUAAAACAAAUGUAUGGCGUUAAUUGUAUGGAGAGGGUCUUAAUUUAUUUGCUACAUAAUUAAACUAGAAAUUAGACUACUGUCAAAACUUAA